AUGUCCUGCUACGACCUGUGCUCCACCGCUGGCUCCGGCGUCCUGCGGCCCCAGCCCCUGGCUGACAGCGGCAACGAGCCGUGCGUGCGCCAGUGCCCCGACUCCACCACCGUGAUCCAGCCUCCCGCCGUGGUGGUCACCUUCCCCGGGCCCAUCCUCAGCUCCUUCCCGCAGGAUUCCGUGGUGGGAUCGGCCGGAGCUCCCGUCCUUGCAGCCUCUGGGGCCUCCCUGGGCUACGGGGGAUUUGGAUCUGGCGGAUAUGGGGGUUACGGCUCGCUGGGCUAUGGGGGAUUUGGCUAUGGGGGCUCCUCCCUGGGCUACGGGGGUCUGUGUGGAUAUGGGGGCUCCUCCCUGGGCUAUGGGGGUCUGGGCUCGUGUGGGGGGUUCCGUGGCUUGUAUGGCUCCGGGAGAUCCUUUGGCUCCUGCAGCCCUUGGUCCUCCCGCUACGGCCGCUUCAGCCGUGGCAGCUGCGGCUCCUGCUGA